AAAAAUUUGGACCUCUUUAUUUAUCAAAAUUUUAUUUAGAUCGGUCUAUAUACGCUUUGCUUUAAAAUACUAAUCAAACUGAAAGAAUAUAAUUAUUGUUAAUAAAAUAUAAUCACACGUAAGAUGUAGCCAGAGAAACGGCAAUUCCUAACAUACACUCCAGCCCAGAAGAUGGCGGUUAUGCAGCCAAACGUUUGCCAACCGCCACUAAACUUCACAAGAAGAAGAAAACGAAGAAAUAGCUACUGAGCUAUCUCAGCAGUAGGUUUUAUUUAGCGUAACAUGGCUGCUGUGCUCCCCGUCAGACCACCCUGCGAUAGCAACCCCGCUACUCCUGGAGCACAAUCCAUAAAGGAGGAUGUAACAGAAGAGGAGUCCAAUGAUGGCAGCCAGCCUCCUAAAAGACGGAGGAUGGGUUCAGGGGACAGCUCUCGAAGCUGUGACACCUCUAGCCAAGAGCUUGGCCCAACAUAUUUCCCAGCAGAGAACCUGACAGAGUACAAAUGGCCACCAGAUGACACAGGAGAGUAUUACAUGCUGCAGGAGCAGGUCAGCGAGUACCUGGGAGUCACGUCAUUCAAGCGGAAGUACCCUGAUAUGGAGAGGAGAGACUUGUCCCACAAAGAGAAGCUUUACCUGCGUGAACAGAAUGUCAUCACUGAAACACAGUGCACUCUGGGUCUGACAGCUUUGCGGAGUGACGAGGUGAUAGAUCUGAUGAUAAAGGAGUAUCCCACCAAACACUCUGAGUAUUCAGUCAUACUGCAGGAACGAGAGCGACAGAGGAUAGCUAAAGAGUACUCUCAAAUGCAGCAGCAGAAUCCUCAGAGGGUGGAGGCCAGUAAGGUUCCUGAGUACAUUAAGAAGGCAGCAAAAAAAGCUGCAGAGUUCAACAGUAACUUCAACAGGGAGCGUAUGGAAGAGAGGAGAGCUUACUUUGACCUCCAGACGCAUAUUAUCCAGGUGCCUCAGGGCAGGUUCAAGGUGCUGGCUCCAGAGCUGACCAGGACGGGGCCCUACCCUGUGGCUCUUAUACCAGGACAGUUCCAAGACUACUACAAAAGGUACUCUCCCAAUGAGCUGCGAUACCUGCCACUGAACACAGCUCUGUUUGAACCUCCACUGGACCCAGAACUCCCUGCGCUGGACUCAGAGCCCGACUCUGAUGAUGCUGAGGAUGGCAAAGAUGAGAAAAAGAACAAGAAUUCAUCUGACAGUUCUUCAGGCAACACAUCAGAUGUGGAGAGCCAGGAGGGAGGAGGUGGACAAAAGUCCAAGGCCAAAGACAGGACGUCCACCCCGGGCAAGGACGGCAGCCAGCGCCACUCAGCCUCCCACAAAGCCACCCCAGGGUACAAGCCUAAGGUCAUUCCCAAUGCUAUAUGUGGCAUUUGCCAGAAGGGUAAAGAGGCCAACAAGAAAGGCAAGCCAGAGGCUCUCAUUCACUGCUCCCAAUGUGAUAACAGUGGCCACCCGUCCUGCUUGGACAUGAGCGAAGAGCUAGUGGGUGUGAUCCAGACGUACCGCUGGCAGUGUAUGGAGUGUAAGACCUGCACCGUGUGCCAGCAGCCGCACCACGAGGACGAGAUGAUGUUCUGUGACAAAUGUGACAGAGGAUACCACACGUUCUGCGUGGGCAUGGACUCCAUACCUAAUGGUCUUUGGGUAUGUGAACUGUGCGACAAAGAUUUUAGCACACCGAAGAAGAAGGGAGGAGCCAAAACACCCAAGAAGUCUAAGUCAGCUCAUAAAUGAUCAGUGGCAUCUUAAAGCGAAACACCUUGAUUCAACUCUACACAAACGCACAUUCAUUCAGUCAUUUGUAGAAGCUGUAAAACCAGAUCAUUGUUUUUCUUAAUGACUUUGAGGUUCAGAUUGUUAUCCAACAAAUAAACAAACAGUAUAACUCUGCUACCAAAUGCCAACAAUCAGACAUCAGAUCCCAUCCUGCUGUUGCUCUUAAUUGAUUGACAGGCCUUUUAAAACAGAGACUAACACUAGAAAACUAACAUAAUUAAUAUUAAUAUGUUAAGAUUAUAUCAAUGUUAAUAUAAAAUUCAUAUUUUGUGUGAAAGCUCUGAUGGUAACAGUAGGGCGGGCCUAUAAUUUGAAUUCUCAUUUCCCAUCUUCCAGCAAAACUUAAAUCAUGUGUAUGAUUAUACCUCAAACGUAUGUGCUCAAAAACCCCAGGUUAGGCAUUAACUUUAGCAUAGCAACUCUGUUCUGUAAUAUUAGAGACUGACUGAACCUCACACUCCAUACAUAAAUAAUAUUACAACUAAAUUGAAUCCAUCCACAUGUGCUGCACUAAAUCCUGCGAACUGCUAACCACUAACAGUAUCAGUACGUUCCUACGUCAUUAAACCAGCAACUCUUGGUGUUUCAUAACUUUCCUGCAAUGAUAAGCUGUUUGAUGGGAAAUUGUUUCAGUUGAACAAAUGGUGCUUUUGAUCCUGUACUGCUGAAACAAUCAGGGUUAACAAGAGCUUGCUGAUAUAAUUCAGUUUCUUUCACAACAUUUUUGUAUGUUUUUGUAUCUUAUAAACUACAGUUUAAUAAACUUUUAUUUAACGAGGCAGGCCAGUGAAGAGCAACCAUAUUUAAACUAAGUCUCACGUAAUGACUUGGUGCUUGUGAUCCUGUGUAAUGGACUGUAAUAGACACUGGCUGUGGUAGACCUCAUGGCUGCAGCAGUUUUCAGGUAUUUAUGUGUGAGUCUUGUUUAUCAAAAGAAAGUUUGUCAACCCUUCACUGUUGAUUAUUGUACAAAAAUGUAACCACUUGUUGUAAUUACUCAGAAUUGUAAUUGAAUUGGCAUCCGUGAGUUACGAUUAUUCAACUGAUGUUUUUGCAGUCAUCUUAAAAGAAGUUGUUUUUGUUAGUUUUUUUGAAAAUUUUUUUAUACAUCUAUUUUGUACUGUCCUGCAGUGAGCAGGUUGUUUAGGGAAUAUUUGUUGCUAAUAAUGUCAUAGCCACUGAAUUCUGAAGUGUGUUUUUUUCAAUAAAAGCUACUUUAAAAAGA